AUGGCUACACCUGUAAAUGAGAAUAUUGAUCCUAUUGCUUGUUUACAAGAACAAACGGAAAAACUUUUAGCAACUAAUGAGAAACUUAAGGAGGAGAAUGGAAGACUUAAAAAUGAAAAUAAAUGUCAAAAAGAUGAGAUAAGAGGAUUAACGGAGCAACUGGAACAAGAGAGGAAAAGAAUACGUUUUUCAAUUGAAUGUUUUAAGGACAAUGACAUUCUCAUUAGGUUUUAUACGGGGCUGGAAGACUACAAAACCUUCAAAACAUUGUUUGAUUCAUUUGGACCGGCAGUGAAUAAUCUGGUGUAUUAUGGUACCAAGACUGAUUUGGAAAGGUUAAGCUCUGAAGAUGUAAUUAAACGUGGACCUAAAAGAACAAAUUCACCUGAACAGGAAUUUUUCCUUGUGUUGGCUCGCUUGCGAUUGGGGCUUUUAGAAGAAGAUAUAGCGACCAGAGCUGGGUUGUCUCAAUCACAUAUGUCAAGAAUAUUUAUUACUUGGGUUGACUUCUUGCAUUCAAGGUUACGUAGCUUUCCAAUUUGGCCAUCCAGAAAAGCAGUUGAUAAUUCAAUGCCAGCUUCAUUUAGAGAUAUGUAUCCUUCGACACGAGUUAUUAUUGAUUGCACAGAAAUAUUUAUUGAAAAACCAAAUUCUUUUAGAAGUCAAAGUGCAACAUUCUCCACUUACAAAAGCCACAACACUGCCAAGGGUUUAGUUGGCAUAAGCCCAUCAGGAGCUGUCACUUUUGUAUCGGAUUUGUAUGCAGGAAGAUCAAGUGAUCAACAAAUUACUAUUGAUUGUGGAAUUCUGAACUUGGUAGAAAAUGGAGACUCAAUUAUGGCUGAUAGAGGAUUUGAUAUUGAGCACAAUUUACCAGAUGGAGUGUCACUAAAUAUACCACCAUUCAUGCGUGAGAAAGAGCACUUGUCAAUUGAAGAGGAAACCAAGACUCGAAGAAUAGCUUCUGUUAGGAUCCAUGUGGAGCGGGCAAUUGCCAGAAUAAAGAAUUUUAAAAUUUUAAGUACAGUCUUUCCAAUUUCCAUGGCAGCAAAUUUAAACAAAAUUUGGGUGAUUUGUUGUUACCUUUCUAACUUUUUACCACCACUACUUGUAGAAAAUAACAAGCUGGACUAG